GUUUGUAUUGCGAAAAUCUUGUGUGACGUGUAUUUUGUAAAUUAGGUACCUACUUAAAUUUUAUUUACCUAUUGUUAUUUAAAUUGUUAAUACUUAGUCGGUACAGUUUCCCAGUAUUUACGUGACAAGUGUUAUCGCGCCACGUAUGAACAUAAAGAAAUAUCUACGUAGCAGUGUUGGCUUUUCUUGAAUGUCCGGCAAAGUUUGUUUAUAACAAUUUCUGCCUAUUGAAAUUAAAUAUGUGCGGUUCAGACAAAAAGUUAGGCGAGAUCCGCGCUCUUAUCCUCGUAGGCGGCUAUGGUACUCGCCUGAGGCCUUUAACUUUGAGUAGACCGAAGCCCCUGGUCGAAUUUGCCAACAAACCUAUUCUGAUGCACCAAAUCGAAGCCCUCGUCGAUGCUGGAGUCACUCAGGUGAUAUUGGCAGUCUCAUACAGGGCUGAGGACAUGGAGAAGGAAUUGACAGAACAAGUGUCGAAGCUUGGAGUGUCUUUAACAUUUUCGCAUGAGACAGAACCCCUAGGCACAGCUGGUCCACUAGCAUUGGCACGAGAACUCCUCAGUGCCAGCUCUGAGCCCUUCUUUGUUCUCAAUUCUGAUGUGAUAUGUGACUUCCCAUUCAAGGAAUUAGCUAAGUACCAUCGGAGUCAUGGAAAGGAAGGUACCAUUGUGGUGACUAAGGUGGAAGAACCUUCCAAGUAUGGAGUGGUUGUGUACAAGGAGGAUGGUGAAAUAGAAAGCUUCAUUGAAAAACCACAGGAAUUCAUUUCAAACAAAAUUAAUGCCGGGAUGUACAUUUUAAACCCCUCAGUACUAAGUAGGAUAGAGCUUCGACCUACAUCAAUAGAGAAAGAGGUGUUUCCCUUCAUGGCAAGAGAUGGACAGUUACAUGCUAUGGAACUUCAAGGCUUCUGGAUGGAUGUGGGACAACCUAAAGAUUUCCUAACCGGCAUGUGCCUUUACCUGACGAGCCUGCGUCAGAAGAACUCUGACAAACUGCACGAAGGAGCCGGUGUAGUGGGUAACGUGCUCAUUGACCCCUCCGCUACGAUCGGCAAGGGCUGCCGUAUAGGCCCCAACGUCACCAUUGGGCCUGACGUCAUUGUCGAAGAUGGGGCAUGCAUAAAGCGUAGCACGAUACUCCGCGGCGCGAUAGUCCGUCAGCACGCGUGGUUGGACGGGUGCAUCGUGGGCUGGCGCUCCGUUGUGGGCCGCUGGGUGCGCAUGGAAAACACUACAGUGUUGGGCGAAGACGUCAUCGUAAAAGAUGAGCUAUACGUCAACGGCGGGCAGGUCCUGCCACACAAGUCCAUAGCACUCUCCGUACCCGAACCACAAAUCAUCAUGUAACAUACCCACAAUACAGAUACAUUAUGGUGCUUCCACGCUAGGUACUAUUAUUUAUAUCGUCCCCUUAUAGUGAAACGCGCAAAUGUUUUUUAAAUCAUAAUCUGAUGUGUUUUCUUCAACAAAACACACACGUUAGUUGAAUUCCCCGUAAAACUUAAGACUACAAUUUUUACCUGAUUUAAACUAGCGCUUCUGUUGCGAGAUUUUCACUAUAUGACAUCGAUAUAAUAAUAAUAUAUAUUAUAACAUAUUAUAACAGGUGCCAAAGCUCACAGAAGUCGUUUUAUGCACUGUGUUACUUAAAGAAAGUACAUAAUGGUGCUAAUUCCUGUAAACACCAUCUAAUUUUAUUUUAAGUUAUAUCUGUAAUUUUUUAUCCGCCGAAAAGGAAAGGGACGGGUAAUCGACAAGCAUAAAAUUUAUGGAACACACGUCAAUUUUAAGCACAAAUCUAAAACAACCGUCUAAAAAUAACCCGACAGAAUUAUGUUGACAGCACACGUCAAACGGUUUGCAUACCAGCGAGAUACCUUUUUGAUUCGCCCGGGUUAUUCAUUCAUUUACUCAUUCUUCUUAAAAUCAAGAGCUGUCAAUCAUCCGUCCCUUUCCUUUUCGGCGGAUAAGAAUAUGACGGGUAUAACUUAAAAUAAAAUUAGGUGUCUGCAGGAAUCGGGACCAUUGAGGAUAUUCUUCAGUCUGUUAUAAAAUGUUAUACAACAAUGUCUAACCUCAGCAAGCUUCAGACAUGGAACAUGGAGGGCCUUCUCCACUAAGUUAAGGUAAUCUACAACAGUCACAGCCUUGUAAAGAAUUUAUAUUUUUCAACAGAAACACCAAGCAUAGUCUCAGUAGUAUAUUGUUCACAUAUAAAUUAUUUAUUAUACAAAGUUAUUUAUUAUGUGAGUGUAUGUGUGUUGCGUAUAUCGUAUCACACAUUAAUCGAAACAGUAGGCGUUUCUUAUAGGUAGGUGCACUUUAUGUAGAACUAAGCAUCGGUAUUUGCAUCGGCAAUUACAAUGUUUGUCAUACCUGUACUUAUAUUUUAUUAGAGGUUUUUUGUUUUUGAAAUAUGCAAAGAAUAGAAUAUUCGUUUUCUAUUAUACAAUUCAUAUUUUAUGUUAUUAUUUUAUAUAUACAUUUUUUUUGUUAGAAAUACAGACACAAUUAAUAGGGUGUCCAUUUUUUCAAAUUAUAUUUGUUACCCUCACGUGUUGUAAGCACGGACCUGGAAUUUUAUUCAAUAUUUACUAAAAUAUUGUACCUACAAAACAACAUUCCUUGUAAAUUAAUACAAUAUCUUUAUCAUAAAAAUAAGUACCUAUAUUAUAGUAUAGGGUAUGAUGUGGUACCAUUAACUGCCAUUUUUAUACCAAAAUUAGAAUAAGAUUUUAUAAAUUACAUAAUUUAUAAUGGUA